AUGCAUCGACGAUGGCUAUCAUUACCAUUACUUUCCAGCUGUGUGUCUGCAUUUUAUCCCUAUAACAGCGGUGAUGGUGGAGACGGGAAAAGCAAGAGAUUUAUACCUAUGGACCUUGACCCUCCGCCCUCGGAGGACUCGGGAAGAAUAACACUCGACAUCAAGAAGGUCAAUACCAAGCGAGACAAUAAAUUUUCUGUUGUCAUGUCCUCAAAGCCAACAAUGCCCAAUGCUGCGGCAAUCAACCAGGACGGUUCAGAUUAUACCUACUUCUCCACCAUGAAAUUUGGUUCAAAGGGUCAAGAGAUGUACAUGUUGAUCGACAGCGGAUCAGCCAACACUUGGGUCAUGGGUUCAGACUGCGAUUCCAACGCCUGUCAAAUUCAUAGUACCUUCGGCAGUGAAGACUCCGAUACCUUGGAAACUACCACGCAAACCUGGAGUAUGAGUUAUGGAACUGGCGAGGUGCAGGGAAUUGUGGCCAAAGAUACAGUCAGUCUGGCGAAUUACACCGUGGAGAUGGGGUUUGGCCUCGCCUCUUCUGCGUCAGAUGACUUCAACAACUAUGCCAUGGACGGCAUUUUAGGCCUUGGACGACCAAGCUCCAAUUCACUUGGGACGCCGACCAUCAUGGAGGUGUUGGAUGAACAAGCCAAUGUGUCAGACAACGUUGUCGGCAUUCAUCUUCAGCGAAGCUCGGAUGGGGCCAAGGACGGUCAAAUAACGUUGGGCGGCGUGGAUUCGUCUAAAUUCAACGGCAAGCUGGGAUACUCCAGGACCGUCAACGACCAAAACUGGGAAAUCGCGGCCCAAGAUGCUGGUGUGGAUGGAAAAGCAGUCGGUUUCAAUGGCAAGACCGCCAUCAUCGACAGCGGCACGUCCUAUAUCUUGAUGCCACCAUCGGACGCUCAGGCUCUGCAUGACCUGAUUCCUGGCAGCUCUCAUAACGGCGAGGUCUACAUUGUCCCUUGCUCAUCCGACUCGAACGUCUACUUCGCCUUCUCUGGGGUUAAGUACCCGGUUUCCCCCAAAGACUAUGUAGGAAGACAAAGUGGAGACGGAUGCCAGAGCAACAUCAUUGGACACCAAGCGUUCGGACCCAAUGAAUGGAUAUUGGGGGAUGUUUUUCUGAAAAACGUAUACACCGUAUUUGACUUCGACAACAACAGGAUAGGUUUUGGGACCGAGUCAGCAGCCGACGGGGGGGGCGCAUCAUCCACCACGACCUCUCCAUCCUCAUCCAGCGCACCCGCAUCUAGCAAGAUGCCUACAGCCUCCAAUACGGCGGCUUCGAGGCCAUCGACAGCCGUGACUAUGUCGACAGUCGGGAGUAGCUCAACGGAGUCAGCCAGUGCGACAACAACGACUUCGGCUGGAGCAGAUGACAGCAGUCCAUUCGGGCAGUCGAGCACCUCCGCAGCACCUGAAACGACAUUAAAUAUGGUCUCGGUAUUAUUCCUAGCACUUUUGGUCGGGCUCAAAUUGUAA